AAAGUGUGGAAAGUAUCGCCACCGAGAAUAAAAAAAACCCCGGCAGCUGUGCGAAUAGCUGUUGAGUGGACCGGACCGGACGUCCGGAAAUACCCUUAAUUAGUCAACUCUAAUUGCGCCAAUGUGGAAUUUGAGGUAAAAAAUUUUUAUGCUUAGUGGCAUUACAAUUAUUAACUUUUGUGAAGUGAACGUUGAGUCAUUAGCCAUUCCGCUAUCAACUAUUCGACCAAAAUACAAAACGAUUUAACCGCAAACUGCAAGUGCACACACAAAAACACAAAACAGAUUUGAUUUAAAAUGACAUUUUUAUUGAAAUAUUGGUAUAAUAUCGAGAACGUAUCCCAAACUAUCCAACCGUUAUGUCGUUGCAUGAAAUGGUUUGGCUUCAUGCCAUUUACGCUGGUGCUGCGUUCCGAAACGCCACCAACCACGCCGGCAUUGGGGGAGCCUCGGCCACUGCUAGUUGACCUCGUGAUGCACCCGGGUGACGUGCUUUUCCUCAUCGGAUGGCAGCUCUACAUCGGACACAUGUACUUUACCGACUGGAUCUACGCCACACUAGAGAUGCCAGUGUCGAAGAUUAUGAUUUGCUUCACUAUCACUCUGUACUUUGUCCAGGCGGCGGUCCUCUGCUCGGUUCAGCUCUUGGUGGCCUUCUCCAAGGCCAAAAUUAUGCGAACGUUGCGCUUGCUCGAAUUCACGGACGAUUUGUUGGAACAUUUGUCCGCCGGAGUAAAUCAUCGCCAGCAGCAUCUGGGCUCGGUUCUGCUGAUUCUCGGAUCAAUAAUUUGUACAACAAUCACUUUUGUAACUCAAUGGGUACUGACGAAGCUUUUCAUGGAUCACAUAUCAGAUCUGUGGCUCAAGUUUUACAAUCCAAUGGCAGUUUGGUACGCUGAUGCUUUAUUUUCGGUUCAGGUUUGCUCUCUGGUGACAUUCAUCGGAGGUUUAUUGGCGUUCCGAUCCCGAUACAGAAAACUUAAUGAAUUCGUAUGUACCCAUUUUAAUCAGCAAACUGAAUCGCUCAACGAUGAGGUAGUGCACAGAUACUUAAAGUGUGUCGCGGUUUGUCAUGACGCACUUACAGAUGCCGUGGAACUUUUCUGCAACACAUUCAGCUCUCUGGUAGUAUUCGCUUGCUUCACGUACAUGUUGUUUAACAUCUUCAGUAUGUUUGCGAUCGGAGCGCUUAUGUCCCGUCCAUCGAUCAACGUUCUUUUCGUAACAUUAUUCUAUUGCGUAUCGGACUGUCUCUUCUCAUUGCAUAUUAUUCCAAUUAUGAAACUGGGUAGUGAUGUUCGUACCGAGGGAACUCGGAUGGCUGUUUUGGUGCACCGAACUAUUAAUGAAACUCCACUGUCAGUGAACGCCAUUGAGCAGGUGAAUGUUUUUAGUGGCAACAAAUAUGUUCCAUAAUCGACCUCAGGCAACAUUUUGGAUAUUGUUUUUGGCACAUUUUGCAUGUGUAGGAUAAGUGCAACGAUACACCGUGCCCCAGUGCUGAGUCGAGAAAAUUUCCACCUCAAAAAGAUCCUCGACAUCGCUAACCACAGAGCC